CGCGGUUCCUACACCACAUAUAAGCUGCCAUCGUUUUCGUCUCCGAGGUGGAGGAAGACAGAAGUGGAGCCGAGGCAUGGUGUCGCUGAAGCUCCAAAAGCGGCUCUCCGCCAGCGUCCUCGCCUGCGGCAAAGGCAAAGUGUGGCUCGACCCUAAUGAAGGCAGCGAAAUCUCCAUGGCCAACUCACGUCAAAAUAUAAGGAAGCUGAUCAAGGAUGGUUUCAUAAUCAGGAAACCCACUAAAAUUCACUCUCGAUCUCGUGCUCGUAGAAUGAAGGAGGCCAAGAGAAAGGGUCGUCACUCAGGAUACGGUAAGCGGAAGGGUACUAGGGAGGCUAGAUUGCCUACUAAAGUUCUUUGGAUGAGGAGAAUGCGUGUCUUAAGGCGUUUGCUCCGUAAAUACCGAGAAUCAAAGAAAAUUGACAAGCAUAUGUACCAUGAUAUGUACAUGAAGGUGAAAGGUAAUGUCUUCAAGAACAAGAGAGUGCUUAUGGAGAGCAUCCACAAGUCCAAGGCUGAAAAGGCAAGAGAGAAGACACUUUCAGAUCAGUUUGAAGCAAGACGUGCUAAGAACAAGGCGAGCAGAGAGAGAAGGAUAGCUAGAAGGGAGGAACGGUUGGCUCAGGGACCUGCGGAGAAAGCACCAGCAGCUACACCUGCGUCUCAAUCUGCUGGGGUAACCAAGAAAGCCAAGAAGUGAAAGCUAUCAGGACAAAGGUGAAGACAAACAUGACAAAAGAAUGAUUUUGGUUUCCUAUGGUGUACGCACUUUGUAUUCCUGCGAGCUAAGCAGCAAAAUUUUGCCAAAUAUUUAAUACUUGCUCCAUUUGUUAAUUUGUGGUUUUAGACUUUGAGAGUGGAUUCUUGAACUGUCGUCUAUGAACUUUUUGCCUCAAGGGGUUGAAAGAAAGCCAAUAAUUCAUUGUUCUGCUUUCAAGAAA